CCCUUCUCCUCCACCACCUCUCCACAUUUCCCAUUCUGCCAUACGUACACAAACACAACAACCUGCACGCAUUCUCGCUCUCAACUCCCAAAUGUCACUCGCUCGAGCCCUCUCUCCCCGCCUCUCAGACCUCCACUUCCGCACUAAACGGUCUGUCCGGCGCGGAAAGCCACCGCCGACUCUCACAUUUCUCAGUCGAAAUUCCCCGCGCUUUCACUUGCUCCGCCUCCCUCCUCAACUCCCUAAUUCCAAGGUUGUUGAAGCGGUGAGAUUAGACGGUCCGGUGGUUGAAAUCGGGGAAUUGUCGGGAACUGAGGAUGGAGAUUUGGUGUUCGAGACGUGCAUUACGCGUACUCUUCCUCCGGCGUUGACGCUUGAGCAGGGGCUCCAGAGGAUCACAGAGGCCGUUGAGAAGAUGAAGAUGGAUCCUCCUGCUGCUGCCACUGGAAUCUUCAGGUUUCAGGUGGCUGUGCCUCCCAGUCCAAAAGCUUUGAACUGGUUUUGCUGUCAACCGGCGGAGUCGUCAGUGUAUCCUCUCUUUUUCCUUUCAAAGAAUACAGACAAUCCAACGUAUAAAUCACUCUACUUGAAACAAAGCUGUGGAGUUUUUGGAAUUGGUGCUGCAAUUUACUUCACGAAUACUUCUUCUUUUACUUCAGCAGAGCUUAGUUCGACCAAAAGAUAUCUGUUAAAUGAUUCAACCUCUAUAAUGGCUUAUGGUUUUAUGGAUAUUAAUUUCAACAUGGAGUCAUCUUCCAUGGUACAUGAGGCUGGUUCUUCAUACUUUUUCAUUCCUCAGAUUGAAUUACAUGAGUAUGAAGGUGUUUCUAUUUUAGCAGCAACACUUGCGUGGAGUGAUUCUUCCCUUUGUUCAUUUGAAGAAGCUGUUUGUUCUUAUGAGUUAUCUCUCAAACAGGCCAGUCGUUAUUCUUGUCCGACUACUGAGAAAUGGCACUCCAAAGGCAUAAGAUCUACUCUUGGAAAGCUAAAUGUGGUGGCGGAUGAAACUCUUUCGAUGGUAUACAUUAACCUUCUUUCGCAAGGAGGAAGAGAAGUGAUGGCUGACAUUAUGGAACUGAGAGAGGCUCCAUGUUCUUGUCAAUUCUGCAUCAGCCUUUCACCAACCACUGCUGUUGCCAGUAACAUGUGGGAUCAUACCAGUGAAAUGUGUUACUCUACACAAGAUUGUGCCAACAUCAACACUGUUUGGGCAUCCCUUAUAAUUGAAGAAUGCUCUCGACUUGGUCUAACGUAUUUUUGUGUAGCUCCGGGAUCAAGAUCAUCCCCCCUUGCUGUUGCCGCUUCCACUCAUCCCCUAAUAACAUGCAUUGCAUGUUUUGAUGAGCGCUCACUUGCAUUUCAUGCUGUUGGUUAUGCAAGAGGAUCUCACAACCCAGCAGUAGUCAUAACAUCAUCAGGCACUGCAGUUUCAAAUCUUCUUCCUGCUGUUGUGGAGGCUAGUCAAGAUUUUGUACCACUUCUGUUGCUCACUGCAGAUCGUCCUUCAGAGUUGCAGGAUGCUGGAGCAAACCAAGCAAUUAAUCAGGUGAACCAUUUUGGUUCUUUUGUGAGGUUUUUCUUCAGUCUUCCUGCAGCCACUGAUCAGAUUCCUGCACGGGUGUUACUUACCACACUUGACUCUGCUGUACAUUGGGCAACCUCUUCACCUCGUGGCCCCGUUCAUAUCAACUGCCCUUUCAGGGAGCCGCUAGAAAAUAGUCCAAGCAAGUGGGUGCCAAGCUGCUUGAAGGGGUUAGACUUUUGGAUGUCAAACGCUGAACCAUUUACUAAAUAUAUUCAAGUACAACAUUCUCAUGCAUGUACUGAUACUCAUGGACAAAUGACAGAGGUUUUAAAUGUUAUUCAGAAGGCUAAGAAUGGGCUUUUACUUAUUGGUGCAAUCCAUACAGAGGAUGACAUAUGGACAGCUCUUCUCUUGGCUAAACACCUGCAGUGGCCUACUGUGCCUGACAUCUUGUCAGGGUUACGAUUGAGAAAGCUUGUGUCUUUUCCUGAACUUGAAGAGAAUUUUAUGUUUAUUGACCAUCUUGAUCAUGCUCUGCUUUCAGAUUCUGUUAGGGUUUGGUUGCAGGCCGAUGUGAUUAUUCAGAUUGGGAGUAGGAUAACAAGCAAGCGUAUUUCUCAGAUGCUAGAGCAGUGCUUUCCAUGCUCAUAUAUCAUGGUUGACGAGCAUCCAUGUCGUCACGAUCCUUCACACAUUGUAACUCAUCGGAUUCAGAGUGGCAUUGUUGAAUUUGCCGAUUGUUUACUUAAAGCUAGCUCUCCAAAAAAGAAUAAGAAGUGGAGCUCUUUUCUACAAUUACUGAAUAUGGUGGUUGCAUCGGAGAUAUCGUUCCAAAUUAGCACCAAGUACUCAUUAACUGAACCUGAAGCUGCACAAGUAAUUUCAGAAACACUAUCAUACAAGUCUGCUCUUUUUGUUGGGAAUAGCAUGGCAAUACGCGAUUUAGAUAUGUAUGGACUUAAUUGGUCAGAAGGUAUUCAUAGUAUUGCAGCUACAAUGUUAUACUCAGAACUACCAUGUCACUGGAUACGGGUGGCUGGGAAUAGGGGAGCUAGUGGUAUUGAUGGGUUGCUCAGCACAGCUGUUGGCUUUGCCGUGGGUUGCAACAGGCGUGUACUUUGUGUGAUGGGAGAUGUUUCUUUCCUCCAUGAUACAAAUGGCUUGGCAAUUUUGAAUCAAAGGAAAUCACGGAAACCAAUGACAGUAGUCGUGAUAAACAAUCACGGUGGUGCGAUCUUCAGUCUCCUUCCUGUUGCAGAGAGAACUGAACCAAAUAUACUGAAGCAAUACUUUUACACCUCUCAUAGCGUUUCGAUCCACAGGCUGUGCGCGGCACAUGGUGUGAAGCAUUUACUAGUGCAGACAAAGUUGGAGCUUCAAGAUGCUUUAUUGAUAUCUCAACAUGAUGAGAUGGAUUGUGUAAUUGAAGUUGAGAGUUCCAUUGAUGCCAAUGCCACCUUCCACAGAAUUUUGAGAAAAUUCGCAAGCCAUGCAGCAAAUGAUGCAUUAAGCACCCUCUUGAGAUUUUCUGUUCAAGAUUCCGUUUGCAAGAUCCAUAGAAUGGAUUACUCACUGUUUAGAAUCCCACUACGUGCACCAUCUACUAUGACUACAGUUGAUCAAGACAGUAGCAAGUUUUACAGAGAAGGUUUUAUUUUGUCUUUAUAUCUUGAAGAUGGGAGUGUCGGGCUUGGUGAGGUGGCACCUUUUGAAAUCCACAGAGAAAACCUGCUUGAUGUUGAACAGCAACUCAGGUUUAUUCUUCAUGUUAUAAAAGGAAAUAUGAUUAGUUGCUUCCUUCCUCUACUAAAGGGCUCAUUUUCUUCUUGGAUAUGGAACAACUUGGGAGUCCCGCCAUCUUCAAUCUUUCCUAGUGUCAGAUGUGGCUUGGAAAUGGCCAUUCUUAAUGUCAUAGCAGCCAGACAAAGUUCCAGUUUAUUAAACAUACUACAGCCUCAGAUUAAUGAGGGAGAUAAAUCUGAAAGGUCAUCAAAAGUUAAGAUUUGUGCCCUUAUGGAUUCCAAUGGAACUCCUUCAGAAGUAGCUUAUGCUGCUAAAACUCUCGUUGAAGAAGGAUUUACUGCAAUAAAGCUGAAAGUGGCACGUCGGGGGAACCCCAUGGACGAUGCCGCAGUAAUACAAGAAGUAAGAAAGAGGGUUGGACGCCAGAUAGAUCUCCGUGCAGAUGCAAAUCGUGGCUGGACCUUUGAAGAAGCUAUACAAUUUAGCUCUUUCGUAAAGGACUGUGACCUGCAGUACAUUGAGGAACCUGUUCAGGAUGAAAAUGAUAUCAUUAAGUUCUGUGAAGAAAGUGGCUUGCCUGUAGCUCUGGAUGAAACAAUUGGCAAUAUUCAGGAAAAUACUCUUGAAAAGGUUGCGAAGUAUACUCACCCAGGAAUAGUUGCCGUUGUUAUCAAACCAAGUGUCAUUGGUGGAUUUGAAAAUGCAGCAUUGCUUGCACGCUGGGCACAACACCAGGGAAAGAUGGCUGUUGUCAGUGCUGCAUUUGAAAGUGGCCUAGGUUUGUCAGCAUACAUUCAAUUUUCUUGCUAUCUUGAGCUGCAGAAUGCAGACAUAUGCAAAGCGAUGAAAAAUGAACUGGUCCCAUCUAUAGCCCAUGGCCUAGGAACAUACCGCUGGCUUGAAGAAGAUGUUACAACUGAUCCUCUCAGGAUUGAUCGUGAUCCAUAUAGUGGUUUCGUAGAAGCUUCUGUUGCUGAUGCUAAUCGAGUUCUGCAGAAACUUCAAAUUAACCACAGCGUCAUUUGCAGAAAGUUUACUGGGGAGCAAGUUAGUUUAUACAAACUGAAUAUAGAUACAAAGGGUUACUCUUGUUUCUUCAAAGUUCAUGAGGUUGGACAAAGAACCAGUGAUAAUAUAGUUUUAUUUCUUCAUGGAUUUCUUGGGACUGGUGAAGACUGGAUUACUAUCAUGAAAGCCAUCUCAGGAUCAGCUAGGUGUAUUUCAAUUGAUCUUCCUUGUCAUGGGGGAUCAAAGUUACAAAACCAUGGUACCACGCAGCCAAGUUUUUCUAUUGAGGUAGUUGCAGACAUAUUAUAUAAAAUGAUUAAUCAAAUUACUCCUGGGAAAGUUAUUUGUGUGGGAUACUCAAUGGGAGCAAGAAUUGCACUACACAUGGCCCUGAGAUUUAGUGAUAAGAUCAAAGGAGCUGUUUUAAUAGCUGGAAGCCCUGGUUUAAAAGAUAAAGUAGCAAGAAAAGUUCGUAGGGCUAAAGAUGAUUCCAGAGCACGUUCCCUUGUUGCUCAUGGCUUACAACUCUUUGUGGACACCUGGUACGCUGGAGAUCUGUGGAAAAGUUUAAGAGGCCAUCCCCACUUCAAUCAAAUAGUCACCAGCCGCUUGCAGCAUGAUGAUGUGUGGAAUCUUGCAAAAGCUCUGUCUGACUUAAGCGUUGGGAGGCAGUUGCCAUUGUGGGAAGACUUGAAGCAUUGCAAAACGCCCCUUGUGCUCAUUUAUGGGGAGAAGGAUACAAAGUUCAAGACAAUUGCUCAAGAAAUGUUUUAUGAAGCUUGCCGUGGCAUCAAUAUCCAUGAGAUAGUUGAGAUUCCCAACUGUGGCCAUGCUGCUCAUCUGGAGAACCCUCUCCCUAUAAUCAGUGCAUUGAGACAAUUUUUUACGAAGCUGAAAACGACGUCAUUUUCAAUCUAAAGAGUCCUACGGAGAGCUGUAACCUUUUUAUAGUAAGAUACAUAUGUCAGCUGAUGAUAAUCUGACAGAAUAUUGGCGUAUUGCACUGUACCAAAUAGCAGAAUACGCAUUCAGGGUUUAAUGAAUAUGAAUAGCUAUUCAAUUUUAGCGUCUUUCAUUUUCAGUGAUAACUAUUAUUUUUUAAUGAAAUGGUUAUUUUGUAUACCAAA